AUGGCUGACCACGAAUACAACGCCGAGGAGGCUGCCGAGAUCAAGAAGAGAAGACAGUUCCGCAAGUUUUCUUACCGCGGCAUUGACCUCGACCAGCUCCUUGACCUCUCUUCCGAGCAGCUCCGCGAUGUCGUUCACGCCCGUGCCCGCAGACGUUUCAACCGCGGUCUGAAGCGCAAGCCCAUGGGUCUCAUCAAGAAGCUUCGCAAGGCCAAGCAGGAGGCCAAGCCCAACGAGAAGCCCGACCUCGUCAAGACCCACCUCCGUGACAUGAUCGUCGUCCCCGAGAUGAUCGGCUCCGUCGUCGGUAUCUACUCCGGUAAGGAGUUCAACCAGGUUGAGAUCAAGCCCGAGAUGGUUGGCCACUACCUGGCUGAGUUCUCUAUCUCUUACAAGCCCGUCAAGCACGGUCGUCCCGGUAUCGGUGCCACCCACUCUUCCCGUUUCAUUCCCCUCAAGUAA